GUGGCUGCGACCGGGCGGGGCGGUGUCGUCGUCACCCAUCGUCUUGGUUGUUACUGUUAGCCGGUGCCGGAGGCCUGUCAGCUGGCCCGGUUAGCUAUACUGCCGGCCGCGAGCUCUGCCACCCGGCAGCUGGCCCUGGCAGCUACUGCCGGCCGCCAGCUCUGCCACCCUGCCGCUGGCCCUCCUGGUAGCUACUGCGGGCCGCCAGCUCUGCCACCCACCCUGCCGCUGGCUCUGGUAGCUGCUGCCGGCUGCUAGCUCUGCCACACUACCUCUGGCCCUGGUUGCUGCUGCCGGCUGCUAGCUCUGCCACUCUGCCGCUGGCUUUGGAGGCUACUGCCGCCCGCUAGCUCUGCCACCCUACCGCUGGCCGAGUCUCGGGCGCCAGGGGCGGGUUAGGCCGCAUGCCGCGCGCGGGCGCGCCACGGCGCUGCCUACCCGAGGCCGCGCGGGCGCCUCGCCGCCGCCGAUGAGCCCGCCGACGGGGACGUGCCGCGCGCCCGGGCAGCAGGCCAUGCCGCCAUGGCGCAGGACCGCACCCUGCCCAUGCUGCUGCUCAACCUGGGCGGCGAGAUGGUGUACAUCCUGGAGCAGAGGCUGCAGGCGCAGCGGGUGGCCGAGGACAAGGCCGUCAAAGUGCUCGAGGACAUCUGCCGCCUGCUGCUGCACGAGCGCUUCAUGGCCGAGCUGCUCGUGCCGCAGCCGCUCGGCCACGUGGCCGCCCUCAAGACCUUCUUCCGCGACCUCGCGCACUCGUCCAUCAUGCGCCUGGACGACGAGUCGAUGGCCAAGAUGUGGGACCUGAUGACCAUGGCCGUCAAGCUGCAGGCGCUGCGCGCCGACUCGCCGGGCGAGCUGCUGCAGGCGACGCUCAACCACAUCGAGUACGUCGGCGAGCACGUGCCCGCGGUGCGCGCGCAGGCCGAGGGCGCGGCCAAGGGGCUGCAGGAGUUCUACGGCCGGAUGUCCUCGGGCGAGCUGCAGGCGGUGCGGUACUGCAUCCUCAACUACCUGCAGGGGCUGGCCGUCCGCGUGUCGCUGUUCCUCAAGCACGGCAUGCAGGACAUGCACGGCCGCCUGCUCGCGCCGAGGGACGGCCCCGUCCCGCCAGGAUGCGAGCCGCCGGGCACGCUGCGCGUCAUGGACGGCGGGGGCCGCGAGGUGGACUCGGUGGUGCAGGUGUUCCACUUCCCGCCCGGCGGCCAGUUCACCACGCCCGCCCGGGACUCGGGCCCUGGCGCCAACACCGAGCUGGGCUACAACAUGUACUCGGAGCUCGAGAACCCCGGCGGGGCCGCGGCCGCCGCGGCGGCGGCGAGGCGCCACCGCCGGCGGUCCUCCGUCCCCGCCGCGUCCGUCGGCGGGAAGCUCGUGGACGCCCAGGGCCGGCCGCUGUACGUCGGCCGCGAGGAGCUCAACAUGCUCAUGGCGCAGCUGCUGGGGAAUAGACCUUCGCCUCGAGACAAGGACGUGCCGAUCAGGCUCAUCUGCGUCUCCCUCUUCGACUCGGGGGACGCGGAGCCCCUGAGCGAGGAUGUCGCGGGACCCUCCCAGCGGCCGCCGCCGUCGUCGUUCCCCGGGACCUCGGCGGGAGCGUCGGGCAGCGCCGCCGGCCCCAGCUCCAUGAUGAACAUCGACGCGUCCGGGUCGGCGGGCAGCCGGUCGGCGCGCCUGCAGCAGGUGCUCGCCGACCUGGACGUCCACGACGCCGACCCCCCGGCGGAGAGCGCACCGGAGCCCGGCGGGGCCGACGGCGGCUUCCUGGACCUCUGGGACGACCUGGAGCACGACGACGACGACGGCGGCGACGAGGCGCUCCUCCGGCCGCUGCUCUGAGCUGAUCCGGCCCUGAUCCGAGCUAAUCCGGGCGCGGCCUCGCUGAUCAGGCGCGGAAGCGGCGCGCUCGGCUCGUGCCGUGUCGCGACGGAAUGCGAGUGGCCUGAGUGAGCUGAGCUCGUUUUGG